AAGUCAAAGGUCCCUCAGGCCCAUCACCAGGUCAGCAUCAAGGUCUCUCCCAAGGACGCUGAGAUGAAAACAGCAGAAGAGCCAACCUCAAGUCUUGGGCAGACCCUGGAGUGGCUGAGAAAGGAGCUGGCUGAGAUGCAGGUCCAAGACCAGAGACUCCUGUUCACGCUGAAGCAUCUUCACAGUGUCCUGGAGGAGCUGCGUGCAGAGAGUGCCCACUGGGAGGAUGCCAGAUCCAGUGGCGGGACCUCCCCCAUCAGACCUCGAGCAGGCUCGGAAGGCAGGGGCCACCAGCCCUUUUCCUCCAGGGGCCUGGCCCAGCUCCUCCAAGGGGUAGACAGCAGACGAAGCUCCCUCCCUUAA